AUGCGUUCUUCCAUCUUUCUUGCCAUAGCCGCUUCUGCUGCUAUUCCUGUGUUCGUCGCUGCCGCCCCUAUGUCGGCCGACGGCGUUCAUGACGGCGGUCAUCGCAGCCCCAUUGUUGUCAAGGAUGUUCUCGACGUCCCCCACAGCAACAGCAACAACGAGCUGCACUCCCGUGACGGGUUUAACUACUUCCCCAAUGUUCGCGACGUCAUUGGCAAGGAGAGCAACAACAACAACAACCCGCCCCACUCUCGUGACGCGGACGGGAUUCCGGCCGUCGAAGUCGGUUCCAAGCCGGGACCCGGGGAUAUUGAUUAUGCCUUCCGCGAGGACGACGGCAAAGAGUGA